AUGUCUAUGUCUAUGUCUAUGUCUAUGUCUAUGUCUAUGUCUAUGUCUAUGUCUAUGUCUAUGUCUAUGUCUAUGUCUAUGUCUAUGUCUAUGUCUAUGUCUAUGUCUAUGUCUAUGUCUAUGUCUAUGUCUAUGUCUAUGUCUAUGCCUAUGCCUAUGUCUAUGUAUAUGUCUAUGUCUAUGUCUAUGUUUUGUGGUACGUUGGGCCCUACGUUCGUCACUCUCAUGUUACAGAUUGGCAAGUGCCACGACAAAGUGCUGAUCAUGGGAAGUAUUGGUUUACUGUUCCGCAGCUUCCGCCAAAGAGACGAGCUCUUGCGUGAGCUUGCGUGUCUGCAGCUGCUGGUGUCUAAGGGUGAAGUAGAGGCGUACCACAAUAUCACCCAGAACAUCGCCGAACUACUGCAGAUGAUGGUAGGUAACAUGUGA